UUCCAAGAUCUAUUUUGGUAAUUGUGUAUGUUGGUUGGCAUGAGCUGUUAUCGUCGUUGCAACAUGUGUUAAAGUUGGAAGCAUUGUGACCAACAUAUUGAAUUGAUUUGGUUCAUUUUCUAGUUUGGGAUAUUCGGAUUCUUAGACUGUAUUAUUAAAAUGUAUUCGUUACUGUAUAGGAAAGACAGUGCUCACGAAGAUAGUAUUUGGAGCUGUGCAUGGGGAAAGAUGAAAAAGAAGGAUGAUGAAAACGGCGAUGGUGAAGGAUCAAGAGAUUCAACUGCUGCAGAAGAAUCAUUGGAUUAUAUUGUGACAGGGGCUGUAGAUGAUUUAGUGAAAGUCUGGUCGUUCAAGAAUGAUGAGCUGGAGUUAAGACACAAACUUGAGGGUCAUUCACUGGGAGUAGUAUCUGUUGCCAUUAAUUCAGACAGUACAACUUGUGCAUCGAGUUCAUUGGACUCAAGCUUAAGACUGUGGGAUCUUGCAACUGGGGAGAAGGUUGGCAGCAUUGACGUCGGACCAGUAGACAUUUGGACAGUUGCCUUCUCACCUGAUGAUAAGUUUAUCAUCUCAGGAAGUCAUUCUGGAAAAAUUGCUCUGUAUGGAGUUGAAUCUGCUAAACAAGAGCAAACCCUUGAUACAAGAGGAAAAUUUACUCUCAGCAUUGCAUAUAGCCCAGAUGGAAAAUACAUUGCUAGUGGAGCAAUUGAUGGCAUUAUCAACAUCUUUGAUGUUUCUUCUGGAAAGCUGGUCCACACGCUUGAAGGUCAUGCGAUGCCCAUCAGGUCUCUAUGCUUCUCUCCUGAUUCACAGCUGCUUCUGACAGCUUCCGAUGAUGGGCAUAUGAAGCUCUAUGAUGUGCAACAUGCAAAUGUUGCAGGCACUCUGUCCGGCCAUGCUUCCUGGGUCCUUAGUGUCGCCUUUUCUCCAGACAAUCAGCAUUUUGUUUCGAGCAGUUCUGACCAGAGCGUGAGAGUAUGGGAACUGAGCAGCCGACAGUGCAUCCACACAUUUAAUGAACAUACUGACCAGGUUUGGGGAGUAAAAUACAAUCCAGAUGGAAACAAGAUUGUUUCUGUGUCUGAAGAUCGGUCAAUAAAUAUAUAUGAUUGCCCACUGUAAUCGUUUGUUUUAUUGUCUGAUCAAUGACACUGCAUUACAUAUGAAAAAGAAAGAAUGAAUGCCAAAGCACAUUUCAAAGUUAAUUAAUUAUCUUUCCUUUCUGAUUUCAUAUUACCCUUCCUGUGCUUUGAUAUGAAAUGGUUUUUAUACAUGUAAUUACACAAAGUGUUACAACAUAACUUGUUUAUUUAUUGGAAAAUAUGUAGAGUGAAUUGGGGGAAGUUGCCAAUUUUUCCUCUAGUUUGGCAGUAUGGUAACAGAUGUCAAGAAAAGGCGGUGUGGUAGUCCCUGGCUUCAAUUCUAGUAGAGGUAAAACCUUGGUGCAGCUGUGAGGUUGGUUUUUUGAGUUUAAGCAUGAAAAGAAAAACCAAGAUGUGUUAAAAUAACCACCUUGAAACUAUUGAACAGUUAUUUUAAAGUAGUAAUAUUGACUAAUGCAUAAAGAACUGUGAAUACUGGGAUGUUCUAACACAAUGCACGUAUCAAAGGAUUGUCGGUGAUCCCAGCUCUAGUGACGCCAUAUUAAGUCAUGUGACUCUAGUGGCAUCACACCCCAAUCCUCCAGAAAGACGACUAGUUUAAGUGUUGAUAUUUUUCACUUUUAUGCAGAAAAUGCCUAGAAACUAUACCAGGACCUCUAACAGAGGUCAGCGGAGUCAGGAUAGCCUACAACUUGCCGUGGAACACGUACGGACGGGAGGCACGAAUCGUUUAAAAGCCUCACAAGAAUAUGUCAUCCCACACAGGACUUUGAAAAGACAACCACAGAAGAAUGAUGCGAAAAAUCAUGGCGUGGGCUCUCAAAGUCGGUAAUAUUUCAGUAAGUGCAAUAAUAUAAGAUUUUCAAUAUGACUUUUGUACAAAUAAUUUUUAAAUGCCUGCUAUUUUAAUAUGUUGCCUGAGAAAAGAAAAGAAGAGCAUUUGGUGACCAACAUACAGAAACUAUAGGCUUCAGGAUUUUGGCCACUGGAGAGACUUUAUUAAGCUCACCUUUCUGUUUGCAGAAGGGAAUAAAAUUCUUCACCGCUUCAACAGAGACAAAAUUAUGGCACGAUGGGAUUGUCUAGAACUCAUUUUUGAGACAAUAUCCUGGAUUAUUUAAGAAAUAAUCUACAAUGUCUAUCUAUUGACAGAGCUAUGGUCAUGAUGAAUCUGGAUGAAUCUGGUUUUCAAGUUAAUCCUAGGCCUAACACUGAUAUCUGAGAAGAGCUCUCCGACAGUGUACCAAAUGACUUCUGGUGAAAAGCGGGAGACAGUGCUGCAGUGCCAUAGGCUGUUUUAUAUCUCCAGCCUGCAUACUUAAAGAGAAAAACAAAAAGUCAGAAUGGGAAGAUUCUCUUCCCAAAGGGUCAAAAGUUUUCAUGAAUGUAAAGUCUGGUUUUGCAAACUCUACCAUAUUAAUGCAGUGGCUGAAUAGAGCAUUUUAUUCCAAGAAAACAAACAGGGAAAGUAGUACUAAUUCUAGAUGUUCAUACAUCGCACUGCAAUGACCAGGAUAUGUUGGAACUAGCUCAUAAAAACGACAUAAUCGUG